UCAGAAAAAAAAGAAAGAAAAGAAAAAGAUUUUUUCAAAGGGAAAUGGUCGACAGUUUCGUGUUGUAGAAUAUUCUGUGAUUGUGAGGUUAAUGAAUCAGCAACGUAUAUUGUGCCGUUAAAACAUGUUUGAUUAGUUUUCAAUCAAUUUAUUUUAAGUUGAUUCUUUGUUUCAUUGUGUAUACAAGUUUUGUGAAACGAGCGCAAGACAAGUUCAUCUAAAAUGGCGACGGAUCAAAUGAAAAACCGCAUGCAAGUUUUCAAGAACACAGGCAAAGAUGUCGAUGAAAUGCGCAGACGGAGAAAUGAAGUGACAGUUGAACUUAGGAAGAAUAAACGGGAAGAGACACUACAAAAGCGUCGUAAUGUGCCUAUCAGCGACUCCACAGAUGAGGAUGAGAUCGAGAGGACGCUCGCAUCUACCGAUCUGAAGGAACUGGUGAUGAAUGCGGCGAAUGCAGAAAACCCCGAAAUACAAUUAGCUGCUGUGCAACAAUGCAGAAAGCUGUUAUCCUCGGACAAGAAUCCUCCGAUCGAUGACUUGAUAGGCACCGGCAUUCUUCCCGUACUAGUUCAAUGUCUAUCAAGAGCUGAUCACCCGACAUUACAGUUCGAAGCAGCAUGGGCCUUGACAAAUAUAGCCUCAGGAACAUCGGCGCAGACAAACAAAGUAGUCCACGCUGGUGCAGUCCCCCUGUUCCUUCAGCUCCUCAUGUCGCCACAUGAGAAUGUGUGUGAGCAGUCUGUUUGGGCCCUGGGUAACAUCAUUGGUGAUGGACCGGUGCUGAGGGAUUUUGUCAUAGAACUAGGUGUGGUGGAGCCACUGCUGAGCUUUAUUAAGCCAGACAUCCCUAUUACCUUCCUGCGCAAUGUUACAUGGGUCAUUGUAAACCUGUGCAGGAGUAAGGAUCCCCCUCCACCUGUCAAGACCAUUAAGGAAAUCCUCCCAGCUCUCAAUGUACUCAUCAUGCACACAGAUAUCAAUAUCUUAGUAGACACAGUAUGGGCAAUCAGUUACCUAACAGACGGAGGCAAUGAACAGAUUCAGAUGGUGAUUGAAUCUGGUAUCGUACCGAAGUUGAUCCCACUGCUCUCACACAAAGAGGUAAAGGUGCAGACGGCUGCUCUCCGGGCAGUUGGAAACAUCGUCACUGGCACCGACGAGCAGACACAAGUUGUACUCAAUUGUGACGCCCUCUCACACUUCCCUGCCUUAUUGUCACAUUCGAAAGAAAAGAUCUGCAAAGAAGCCGUGUGGUUCUUGUCAAACAUCACAGCUGGUAACAAGCAUCAGGUUCAAGCUGUGAUUGAUGCGGGCCUAUUGCCCAAGAUUGUGGAGAACCUUAGCCGCGGCGAGUUCCAGACGCAGAAGGAGGCGGCGUGGGCAGUGUCCAACCUGAGCAUCAGUGGGACUAAGGAGCAGGUGGCCGCACUCAUCAACUGCGGCGUCAUCCCGCCAUUCUGCAACCUGCUUAGCUGCAAGGACACCCAGGUUAUCAAUGUUGUGUUGGACGGUCUAAGCAACAUGUUGAAGAUGGCGGGCGAGAACGCAGAGCAGGUGGCCAGCAUGAUCGAGGAGUGCGGCGGCAUCGACAAGAUAGAGGCGCUGCAGAGCCACGAGAAGAUAGAAAUAUACAAGAUGGCUUACGACAUCAUCGAACAAUACUUUGCUGGAGAGGAGGAGGACGAGACGCUGGCGCCGGCGGCGCAAGACGCGGUGUUCCAGUUCGAGUCCGCGGGCGGCGCGCCGCACGACGGCUUCCGCUUCUAAGCCUCCCGGCCGCCGCCGCCCCCCAGCCGCCCGCUAGCCCCCAACGUUUCGUCGAGGAACUUCCGCCGUAUCUUACUCCGCCACUUACACUAAGUAACUAUUUAGUUUAAGUUAACUCUAAGUGUAGUUUUGGUGAAACCGAACGCGUGUAGUGUCGGUUUCACCGAAAUCUUAGUGACCGUUUAAGUUAAACGCUUUAAUAUAUUUCUGUCAACCUUGAUGAAACGUGUGGGCUCAGUCGGGAUCGUACGUUCCGAUCGCCGUUCGAGGCCUUGGCAGCUUGAGGAAUCGAAGCUUAGGGAGGCUCGUGUAUAGCUCUGCAGGCGAGAAAUGUUCGAGUAGGUUAUCUAUCAUGUCAAUAAGUGUAGGUAAUUAACGUUAGAUAUCAUUGGAUAAUAUUGUUGAUACGGCGUGCGCAUUCUCGCGUGCGGAGCGGCGCCGCAUAAUGCUCAUAGCGGACCUGAUGAAUUCACGAACGAACAUGAAGUUUAAAUGUAUAUUUAGGCGUGUGAUUUUGACGCAGACUUUUUUAAUUAUUCGACUAAUUGUUAUGAUUAACUCGUUCGUCGAUUCAGCAGGCGGACUCGUUACAAAAAGGCCUUAGCACCGUACUACCUCGUUGUAAAAUUCGCGUUUGUAAAGAAAUCGGUUGAAGUUUAUAUCGGUGCUGCGGCUUCGUUGUGAUACAACUCUAUUGUGAUGUUUCAAAUAUUUUCAUCUUGUUUUGGAUUUCUUAUUAAAUAAUGGACGACGGACACCACAGUUAGCUUUAACGAUAUCUGCGUACAUCAGUACGCGCCUAGUGUAUUCUGCUUACCGAUUGAAUGCUUUUAUAACAUAGUAUUUAUGUUUCAAUUUUAACUCAGAGAUUGUAAUUGUCAAUCGGAACGAACGCCAUUUUUAUUAUCGUUAUGAAUUUAUGUUCUGACAUUCAGUCCAUUUGUAUCUAUACCAAUAAAUAAAUUCUGUCCAAUAUAA